AUGUUAGACAUUAGGACUAAUGAGGUAAAAAUUAUAGAUUUUGGGUUUUCAAGGCAUGUGGAUGGGGAAGGCACCCACAAGUCCACUGAGAGAAUAACAAGUACUAGAGGAUAUUGGGCUCCAGAGUAUUGCUUGAAUCACAAACUCUCCUACAAGCAUGAUGUUUAUAGUUUUGGUGUUUUUGUGUUGGAGAUGAUAACAGGGCAGAGACAUGUUGAUGAUGCAUGGGGCUCCAGCCAGUUCCAUAUCCCAGACUACUUACGCUACAUGAUUGCCAACAAUCUCUUUGAACAAGCUUUGGAUGGAAGGCUCAAAGGGGGUUACUUGAAUGAAUCUGAUUUGAUGAAUGCUUUGGCUGUAGCAAAGUUAGCUCUCAAAUGUGCUGAGAAGGACAAGGAGGAGAGGCUUGAUAUGUGUUUUGUAAUGAGAGAACUCUAUUUAAUGAUAGAAGAAAGGUCUGAAAUAGAGUCUUUUGUGAUGGUCAAUUGA